GUCACGUCACUUCCGCAUGUGGAGGGUGAGAAUGCAGGUGGUGGAUUAUGAUCUCUGCAGCCACCAGGAAGAGUUGGCUGAAGGUGCGGACCAUGGACUGUAUCUCAUCAACAACUAUCCUGCCCCUUCUAUUGGGUUGCGUGGGACUUUAUAGCAUUUUUAAACUGCUGCAGCAUGUGUUCACAAAGAGUUGCCUCCAAAACUCGGUGGUGGUCAUCACAGGUUCUACCUCAGGUCUGGGGCGAGAAUGUGCCAGAGUCUUCUAUGAGGCAGGUGCAAGGCUGGUUCUCUGUGGACGGAACAAGGAGGCCCUAGAAGAGCUUGUAGAAGAACUCAUAGCUUCUCGGUGCUGCCCAGGUGAGCCAGGGGACCAGAAUCACAAACCUUGCACAGUGGUCUUUGACCUCACAGACCUUGACAGUAUAGCUGCAUCAAUAAACACAAUCCUAGACUGCUUUGGCUAUGUGGAUGUGCUCAUCAACAAUGCUGGGGAUCAGCUACCGUGGGAAAUCAUUGAUACUAGCAUCAACGUGGACAAAGUCAUGGACACAAAUUACUUUGGACCAGUUUGCCUUGACAAAAGGCACUCCUGCCCAUCCAUGAUGGCAAGGCAGCAAGGCCACAUCGUUGCCAUCAGCAGCAUCCAGGGCAAAAUCAGCAUUCCUUUCCGAUCUGCAUAUGCAGCCUCCAAGCAUGCAACCCAGGCAUUCUUUGACUGUCUGCGUGCAGAAGUGGAGCAGUAUGGGAUUGAAGUGACUGUGAUCAGCCCUGGCUACAUCCACACCAACCUCUCUCUCAAUGCCAUUACCGCAAGUGGGUCCAGAUAUGGAGUGAUGGACAAGAACACAGCCCAGGGCCGAAGCCCCAAGGAGGUGGCCCAAGAUGUCCUCACUGCUGUGGAGAAGAAGAAGAAAGAUGUUGUCCUGGCCAGCACAGUCCCUUCAUUGGCCAUUUAUCUUCGAACUCUGGCUCCUGGGAUCUUCUUCAAUCUCAUGGCCUCACGGGCCCGCAAGGAGCAGAAAUCCAAGGACUCCUAGUGCUGACAGCCAAUGAGGAAGUAGUACCUGUCUGUGUGCAGCUGCUGGAACAAGUAACAGUUGUAUGUGCUGAGACUUAACAGGAAAUCUGUCUCAGGGGUGGGGAAAACAACAUAAUGUCCUGCAACUCCAUGGCUGGGCCCUGCAGGCACUGGCACCAGAAAACAACCAGUCUCUUCCCAAAGUGAUCCUGAAGAAAUAAUUGUAGAACAGGACUUUAAGGGCUUUAAGAUAAUGAAAUAAAUGAAUGUGGCAGUAAGAGUCAUAA